AUGGCAGCGAUAGAUGUGGCGAAAGAUUCGGAUCGCGACGAUACACGGGAAUUGACUAUUCCUGUAGAUGAAGAGUAUGCCUCCUCAGCAAAUGACGGAGUCCAGCAGUUCGCAUACUCCGAAUCUAGGAAGAUUGGUGUCACGGGGGCAGUGUUUCUGAUUCUGAAUAAAAUGAUCGGGACUGGAAUUUUCUCAACGCCUUCGGCUAUCUUCGCUUCGACAGGCUCAGUUGGUAUCUCCAUCAUAUUAUGGAUCGUCGGCGGCAUCUUAACAUUCUGCGGGCUAAGCGUAUUUCUUGAGUUCGUCUACCGCCAUCCCCGCUAUCUAGCUUCUUGUGUUCUGGCAGCACAGAUGAUUCUUCUAGGUUUCUCAUCUGGAAAUUCGUUGGCUUUUGGCCGGUACGUCUUGGCUGCAUCCGGGAGUACGGAAGGAGAUGGUUGGACGGCUCGCGGAAUCGCGAUCGCCUGUAUCACGUUCGCUGUCCUACUCCAUUCCACUCUCCCUAAAUGGGGCCUAAGGCUGGUAAAUAUUCUAGGGAUAUUCAAGGUUGUCAUUCUUGUUUUUAUCGUCUUUUCAGGCUUCGCUGCCAUCUCCGGUCGACUCCUUGUCCCGCCUCCGGGCAACUUCCACAACGCAUUCGCUAUUGAGGUAACCGAAAAUUACGGUGGUCAGGGCGCAUAUGGAUACGCGACCGCGUUGCUGCAGAUCAUCUACAGUUACAAGGGCUGGGAAAAUGCCAAUUACGUGCUUGGGGAGUUGAAGAAUCCGCGCAAGACGCUUUCCAUUGCCGCACCGAUUGCUAUCGGCGGCGUUACCAUAUUGUACGUUUUGGCUAACGUAGCUUACUUCGCCGCCAUAGACAAGGACGAUCUCGCCAAAUCUGAGGUCCUGGUUGCAGGGUUAUUUUUCCGCAAUGUCUUCGGAGAUAGCGCGGCGGCUCGAGCACUCCCGGCCUUCGUCGCGUUGAGCAACCUGGGCAACGUCUUAGCUGUGAGUUUCGCACAUUCGCGGCUCAACCAGGAAUUCGGAAAAGAGGCUCUUCUGCCUUACGGAAAGUUCUGGGCAUCUAUCAAGCCGUUCAAUGCGCCAGCAGCUGCUCUCUUCCUACAUUGGCUUGUGACAGUCAUCGUCCUGGUUGCCCCUCCGGCCGGUCCUGUGUACAACUUCCUUGUCAAUUUAUACACUUAUCCCGGGGCUUGGAUUAACGCCUUCGUCACUGGCGGCCUGAUCUAUCUCCAUUACAAAAAGUCGGAAGACUGGUCAUCGCCGUGGCAUACGUACCUACCGAUCAGCGUGUUGUAUCUAAUAGCCAACGUCUUCCUCGCGAUCGUCCCGUUCGUCCCGCCGAAUGGAGAUUGGAACGCCCAAGGAUACCCCUACUUUGUGUUCCCGGUUGUGGGAGUAGGCGUGUUGAUCCUUGGUGGCGUAUACUGGGCGUGCUGGUCUAAGCUUUGGCCAGCUAUUGGCGGUUACCGGAUUGAAGCUCAUAGGAUCGUCGAAGACGACGGUAAAGAGGUGGUCCGGUAUAAGAAGAUCAAGACGAGGUAA